AUGCUACUUAAAAGAGAUAUUGCCAGAUCGUCCCUUCGAAUAUUUCGAACGGUUCUAGUAAGAAAUCUCGCAUCGGGUAAAGAGGGAGGAGAGAAGGAUAUAACAGCAUGCUCGAAGCUAGCCAGAUUCGAGUCGUGUCAGUUGGACCCGUGCAUGCUGGAUCCGUGCAAACCGGAACCAACUGUGGUGAUCAUCGGCGCGGGGAUGGCCGGGCUUUCGGCGGCCCAUCGUUUGGCACAGUGUGGCCUUCAAAAUUUCACGAUAUUAGAGGCAACGGACAGACCAGGAGGCCGAAUUCAUUCGUGUUGGCUGGGCGACGUGGUGGCCGAGAUGGGUGCAACCUGGAUCGAAGGAGGGUGCGUGGCGAACCCGGUGUUCACGCUGGCGGCCCAAGAGGGCCUUCUGAAGCCGCCCCUCUUCAGGCCCGAUCCGAGCCGCGGACUUUUCUGCACGAGUGACGGCCGCGCUAUCGAUCUGCCCGUCGGCAUCACCGCUUAUCACACGUUUCGACAGAUCGAGCAACAGGCGGCCACCCUUUUCUCUCUAGGUUCCGGCCGCACCCACGGUACGUUGCUGAAUUUCAUGGGCGUUCGAAUUCAGCAGGAGCUGCACAAUUUUCCGGAGGAGCAACGGUAUGACGCGGCCCGAGUGAUGUACGGAAUGACGAACUGCGUGAGGUGUCGAUGCGGCGACGAUCUGUCGCUGGUUUCUGCGGACCAGUUCGGAAGUUACAUCGAGAUACCCGGCGGCAACGUGAGAGUGCCCCUUGGAUACGUCGGGGUGCUUGCCCCCCUGUUACGAGAUCUGCCGAGCUGUGCUCUCAAAUACUGCAAGCCGGUCAGUUGCAUUAGAUGGGGCGCGAUCAGCGACUCGUGCCCCCGAGCGGUGGUGAAGUGUUGCGACGGCGAAGAAUUCCCAGCUGACUACGUGAUCGUCACCGUGUCGCUUGGCGUUUUGAAACACCAGCACGACAAACUCUUUUGCCCGGCGUUGCCCGCGGAGAAGGUCGAGGCCAUUUGCAAGUUGGGCUACGGAUACGUGAACAAGGUGUUCCUGGAAUACGCGAGGCCGUUCUGGGUGUGGAAAGAAGGGAGCAUCAAACUGGCCUGGUCAGCCGACGAACUCGCUGACAGAUGCGAUUGGGUGAAAGGAAUCCCGAUGGUGGAAGAGUUGCCGAGCUCGCAGCAUGUUUUGUGCGCGUGGGUUUGCGGACGGGAGGCAGCAGAUAUGGAACUGUGCAGCGACGAAGAGGUCGUGGAGUCGAUAACGAGAGUUCUCCGACAGUUUACCGGCGAUCCUACGCUUCCUUAUCCGGCGAAUCUUCUCAGAAGCAAAUGGUGCAUGGAUCAAUACUUCGCCGGUUCGUACAGCUACAUGGGAAUAGACAGUACUGUUGGUCAUCAGUGUGACUUAGCUAGUCCGUUACCAGGCAGUUGCGAGCCUAUACCGCCGAUUCUUUUAUUCGCCGGUGAAGCCACGAUUCCAGGACAUUACAGCACGGUACAUGGUGCCAGACUGAGCGGCAUUCGCGAGGCGGAAAGAGUAAUUGAACUAACGAAACGAUUCGGUGGUCCGCCAACUAAGACAUCCGACAAGAGCUGAGCUCCUCUGUCCUAUUAUGCUACUGUGCUAAUUCUGUGCAGGUAUAAAAGAGAGAUCAGCAUAUAUGCGCGAACGUCCGUCAUUUUGUCUAAAAGCUGAAUUAAUUUUCUGAGAGAUGUACUCUGCCA